UGAUCUACUGACUUCUACUCUACUUUUAUACAAAGAUCGAAGAAGAAGGGGACGAACCGAGGCGGAUAUAGUCGACCAAAAUGAUCGGGGAUCUUUUAAUUGUGGGCACUCUGCUCAUGAACGCUGGCGCUGUGCUCAACUUUAAACUAAAGAAGAGGGAAACACAGUCUCAAGGCUUUGGCGAUGAAUCUGGAUCAUCCAGUACUGGUGACAACAUUAGAGAGUUUUUGCUGAGUCUGCGGUACUUUCGCAUAUUCAUAGCCCUUUGGAACAUUUUCAUCAUGUUUUGCAUGAUUGUGUUAUUUGGAUCAUAAUACAUGGCUGUUACACUGAGGAUAUCUACGGACACAAACAAAUUAUAAUUAUUGGGCAGAUCUCAUGUAAUGGUUAUUUUGUAAUGGUGUAGAAUGUCUUUAGUUAUUAUACAUAGUCUCACCAGGCAUCUGUAUAUUUUGUACAAAAGUGUGUAUGAUUAUUAUUGCUUUUACUUUUUGUUAAUCAAAUGAGGACAGGGCACAUGGUAAUUAGUGUUUGUUAAAGAAAAGAGUACAGUUUAUAACAGCAGCGCACUACAGAGAAGAGUUAGAACAGCCUUCUCACAGUCAGGUAUAGAAUUAUAUAGACGUAUAAUUAUAUAGAGGUAUUUUACCCAAUAAGAGUUAGGUUUAAAUUAAUGUGCAGUCUAAUAAUGCAAAAUCUCUGUAUGGGAGAUAAAGGCUUUCUGAUGAUGAAUUGAAACAAUAAAUUACACCUCUU